UAAUAUACAUAAUUUAAAAAUAAAUAAAUACAUAUGUACGUUGCAAUAUGCUGUGACUAUUCGGAAAAAGAAAGACAUAUGACUACAAGUCCCACAAGUCAACUUCUGACGUCAUCACGUUUUGCAACCAACCGUUGCUAUAAGGAAAAAACAGCCGCUUCCGUGUUGUUCUGGUGCUAUUCUAGCAAAUAACAGCGUUAGCGGCGACAAAUCUCUUCUGUCAGCCUCUCUGGAGUGAGAUUAACAUGCUUUUGUGAAGUUGACAGGCGGUUUCAGCUUUUUACCCAACGCAAUGUCGCUCAUGCAGGGCUCAAAGAAAAAAGACAAGCGUAUUUUGUCCGGUACCUGCCCGGACCCGAAAUGCCAGGCGAGGCUCUUCUUCCCCGCUUUCGGUUCCGUUAGCAUCGAGUGCACGGAGUGCGGCCAGCGACAUGAGCAGAAGAGCCUGCUGAAUGUGGAGGAGGUGACCGAUCCAGAUGUGGUGCUGCACAAUCUGCUCAGAAACGCCCUUCUCGGCGUCACCGGGGCCCCAAAGAAGGGGACCGAACUAGUGAAGGUGAUGGGGCUCUCCAAUUAUCACUGCAAGCUUCUGUCCCCGGUCCUCACCAGGUACGGGAUGGACAAGCAGACCGGGAAAGCCCAGCUGCUCCGAGAGAUGAACCAGGGGGAGAUGUUUGACUGCUCUCUGCUGGGGGACAGAGCCUUCCUGAUCGAGCCGGACCAUGUCGGCACGAUGGGCUACGGGAAGGACCGGUCCGGCAGCCUCAUCUAUCUACACGACACUCUGGAGGACAUCAAGAAAGCAAACGGCAACAGGGAGUGUCUGAUCCCGGUGCACGUGGAUGGAGACGGCCACUGCCUGGUCCAUGCUGUGUCCAGAGCGCUGGUAGGCAGAGAACUCUUCUGGCACGCGCUGAGAGAGAACCUCAAGCAGAACUUCAAACAGAACCUGGCUCGCUACAAAACCUUAUUUCAGGAUUUUAUUGAUGCUGCAGAAUGGGAGGACAUCAUCAAUGAGUGCGAUCCGCUCUUCACGCCCCCUGAAGGAGUGCCUCUUGGCCUGCGCAACAUCCACAUUUUUGGUUUAGCGAAUGUCCUCCAUCGACCCAUAAUCCUUCUGGACUCUCUGAUCGGGAUGAGGAGCUCUGGAGACUAUUCUGCCAUCUUCCUGCCCGGGUUGGUACCCGAGGAGCAGUGCAGGGGGAAGGACGGGAAGCCCAACAAACCCAUCUGCAUUGCCUGGAGCAGCUCCAGCCGGAACCACUACAUCCCUCUGGUGGGAAUCAAGAACACGGUGCUACCCAAACUGCCUGCUCACCUGCUGCCGAAGGCCUGGGGCGUCCCCCAGGAGCUCAUCAAAAAAUACAUCCGGCUGGAACCUGACGGGAGCUGUGUGAUCGGCGGCGACCGCAGCCUGCAGGACAAAUACCUGAUGAGGCUGGUCAACGCCAUGGAGGAGGUGUUCAUGGAGAAGCACAACAUCCACCCGUCCCUGGUGGCUGAUGUGCACCAGUAUGUCUACAGAAGGACCGGGGUGAUUGGCGUCCAGCCCGAGGAAGUGACGGAAGCAGCCAAGAAGUCAGUGAUGGAGAACCGGCUGCACCGCUGCCUGAUCUGUGGCGCCCUCUCCGAGCUCCACGUCCCCUCUGAGUGGCUCAUUCCUGGCGGAAAGCUCUACAACCUCGCCAAAUCCACUCACGGUCAGCUGCGGCCCGACAAGAACUACAGCUUUCCCCUGAACAACAUAGUCUGUUCCUACGACCCCCAGAGGGACGCCCUGAUCCCAGACUACAAGCUGAGCGGCCUCAACACCUGCAACUGGUGUCACGGCACCUCGGUGCGCCACAUCCGUGGAAACGGAUCCGUGGUUUACCUGGACGGGGACAGGACGAACACCCGCUCACAGGGUGGGAAAUGUGGGUGUGGCUUCAAACAUUACUGGGAAGGGAAGGAGUACGACAACCUGCCUGAAGCGUUCCCCAUCACCUUGGAGUGGGGGGGUCGGGUGGUGCGGGAGACGGUGUAUUGGUUCCAGUAUGAAACCGAGCCGGCGUUGAACAGCAACGUGUACGACGUGGCCAUGAAGCUGGUCACCAAACACUUCCCGGGGGAGUUCGGCAGCGAGAUCCUGGUGCAGAAGGUGGUCAACACCAUCCUGCACCACACCGCCAAGAAAAACCCCGGCGAGUACAACCCGGUGUCUAUUGACGGGGCUCAUGUCCAACGCCUUACUGACACGCCAGAGAGCCAGCAGGCGCCGGACCCUCAGCCGCCCACGAAAAUCAUCCUGACAGGUCAGAAAGCAAAGACCCUCCACAAAGAGGAGCUGACCAUGAGCCGGACGGAGCGCAGCAUCCAGCAGAGCAUCAGCGAGCAGGCCUUCGUCUCUCAGAAACGGCGAACUGACAAGCUGAAGGGUCAGGGCCGGGCGGCUUCGCCCAGCGGGUCACCUGAAACCUCCUCCUCCUCAGCUCCAUCCACCCCCACCAAGUCCUCCUCCUCUCCCUCCUCAUCAAGCAAGGAGAAGAAGAUCCGUGUGACCACCAGUGACGGCAGGCAGGCCAUGCUGACCCUGCAGGCCCACACCACCUUCUCACAGCUGCAGGGGAGCGUCUACAACCAGUUUGGGGUUCCCCCCGCACAGCAGUGCAUCCGCUUCGGCUUCCCACCCAAAGAGCUGCACCCCCCAAAGGACGGGGAGGAAAACGAGCCGGUGGCGCUGCAGCAUGGCGACAGGGUGACGGUGGAGAUCCUGAAGGGCCCCGAGGACAAGGGCCCGUCUGCCUCGGUGACCAGAGCGUCCAGCUCUCAGUCCGGCCUGCACUCGGCGAAGAGCGACGAGUCGGUGACGCCCAGGAUGAGCGGCCGUGAGCUCCAGGACAGCAUCGACCUGGAGAUGUCGUCCCUCUGCCUGCUGGCCGCCCUGAUGGGUGAAGAUGUUUGGUCGUACGCAAAGAAGCUGCCACACCUUUUCCAGCAGGGCGGCGUGUUCUACAACAUUGUCAAAAAAGACAUGGGUCUGAUGGACGGGAAGCACUGCACGCUGCCGCACCUGACGGGGAAGACCUUUGUGUUCAAUGCUGCCGAGGACCGCCUGGAGCUCUGCGUGGACGCUGCGGGACACUUCCCCGUGGGGCCUGACGUGGAGGAGCUGGUGAAGGAUGCGCUGGUGCAGCUGCGCUCUGAGGCGUCCAGCAGAGGCAGCAGAGAGGGAAGCCCCUCCCACGGCUUGCUGCGUUUGGGCAGCGGCGGCGUGGUGCGGAAAAAGGAACAACUGCAAAGCGUCACAGCUUUCCAGGGGAAAGGUCACUCACUGGGGAGCUCUGAAAGCUCCUCCCCUCCAGAACACCGGCCUAUCACUCGGCAGCACAGCAGCGGGGUGGAUCUGAGCGCCAGUGUGUCCCGAGGGCCCCCCGACCUGUCGGAUAUCCCCGAGGACACCACCAGGGAGCUGGUCCGCAUGGCGCCGGGCUUCGUCACCAUGAAGGACAGCCGCGCUGUGGACCCGAGCCUGAUGGAGCAGCAGAGGAAGAAGCUGCAGGAGAUGGUCUCCUCCAUCCAGGCCUCCAUGGAGCGCCACCUCAGAGAGCAGCAGAGCUCUGCCGCCGCUGCAGGGGGCGGAACCCAGGAGCGAACAGGGAGGACUGAGACGGGCAGCGGCCAGGCGAAGCCCACCGCCCAUCAGUCAGCAGGAGGGAUGACGCCCGGAAAAACGGAGGAGAAGACGGAGGAACCGGAGGAGAUGGAGAGUCAGGACGCAGGGCAGAGCCAUCCCUCUGAGCCCAUGGACCACUCCUGAUCGCUCCUGGACUCUCAAAGCCCCCCCACCCCGCCUGAGCGGCGCCUCAGGUGCAACCAUAAAGCUUUGCUCUUUGUCAUGUCGCGUCGUCUUUACUGCAUGACUACAGAGCGUCUGCCCUGCAGGGGAUCGGAGCCGGUAAGACACGCCCUCUGCGCUCUCAUGCCGACUUCACAGCCCGCCGCUGUGCGCCUGCACAUGUGCACUCGGCGGUACACACCCCCAUCGCAGCUGCAGCCAAUCACAGAACCCAAAACCAUCCGUUCUUUUGCCUUCCAAAUCUGUUUGUCUUAUUAGGCUGAACCUGAAAGUCGAGAAGAAAUGUUGGCAGAAUCUUAAAUAGGUUCACCUGCAGAUGUGAACGUGCACGAAUGUGUGCACGUGACUCCGGACGUGAGGUUAGAUAUAUAGUCUUUCAUGGUGAUGAAGGUUUUCUGCUGUGUCCUCUUCUUUAGGCCAAACUGCACCACCUAGAGGCAGCAGGUGGAAACGCAGCAGCUGUUUCUAAUUCAGGAGGUUCCUACAGAAAAACCUGGUCCUUCCUGUGAUCUCAGGCUGUCAGACGAGUAACAGAUUAAAAAAACAACAACAAACAAACAGAAGAUGCUGAUGAAAGGCUUCAUCAACAGCUGGUGCAAUUCAUUUGACCUGAAAAUUAAUGUGAAGUGUCAUUUUUUGGAGGGAAAUUUUCUGUUUUAUUCCUAAAGUCCCUUCAGGCAAAAUUCAAAAUAUCUUCUUUUUAAACCUAGACAUAAUUGUUCCUCACAGUAGUCGGAUGAAUCUGGUCGUUCAUCUAGACAGGAGUUUUUCCAGGUGAAUCCAGAAACUAAGAAAAUCUGAUCCUGUUCGACCAAUCUGACAAUAAAACUGCCUUUCAAACAGAUUUGUUUAACCAGAUUUUAAAGUCCUGGUCCAAAUGGAUGCAACAGCAUUCCCAGAAGUUUGAGCUAAAACCAGGUUUGGAUCGUCUUCCCAUGAUCCUUUUCUCCUUAACGCUGAGCUCAGCUGUAUGCUGGUUUGAUUCUUCUUUACAUCCCAUGUUUCCUUUGAUGGGUCACUCGUCUGCACGUUCAGUUAAAAAAUCCACCAAGAAGUCACCAAAGAUCAGCUGAUCAGCGACAGAGGGUUCACUGCUGACAGAUGAGACAUUCUCCACAAACUUUCUUUUGUUUCUGAGCGCAAAGUGGAACUUUAGUUUGGUUUAUCUGAUGGUCAAGUGCCUGAAACUUUCACUUUUGCCCAAAAUGAAGGAAAACCUUCUAAUUUUAAGAAAUAAAUUUUAGUCUUUUUUGGUUAAAAAAAAAGACAGACAAUAGUAUUUGUCUGAAACUUUGGAGGAGUAGAAACACUUGAAAUUAGGAUAUGUUUGUUUGGAUUUGAGACGUUUUGCAGUUAAAUUUAACAUUCUUCAUAACUACAUUUCCCAUGAGCCACCUGGGAGCAGAAGUUGCCACCAGCAGUGUUUUUUUCUGAAUAUAAAUGCAUUUUAUCUGAGUUUUCCAUAAAAAUGGUUGAAGUUGGAGGAAGCUGACAGGUGUCCAGGUCAGGACAACAGGAGACAAUCGUAAACAAACAAAAUUCAAGGAAGUUCAGAGCUUUAUCUGCUUUCAGAUUGUUUGUUUCAUUGUUAUCUGAGGAGCUCUCCAGAGUAAACAUUACUGUAGUACUGAUCGGACGAGCAGUCAGGUGACCAGUGGCUCCACUCACAGGCGGAUUUUAUUUUGAAAGUGGUUUUCUUUUUUGCAUUUAUAAAAAAUAAAAAAUAUUUAAGAGGUAAAAUGCUCCUCUUAAACCUUAUUUUUUUUUAGAAAACAGGUUUAAAUUUGAAGUGUUUUUUUCAGAAGCAGCUUUUCAGACCCACACACUGUCCUCAAGGGGGCACCAAAUCACCACUUCAUUUUGAGUCAGGCUCUUUUCAUCUGCAGAAGAAGUUGUUCUCAUCUGCUGGGUUCAUACUUUAAAACCUAUGAGGUGCAGGUUGUGCGAACUCAGGUGAAUCCCUGAAGGGUCAGAGGUCACGGGAGCAGCGGGAAGUUUGAUCCUCGCAGGUUUUAGGAAGCUUAGAUGCCGGAUCCUUCCGUUUUUGCAGUUUUUCUCAUUGCUGUUGCGUUUUUUUUCCGUCUGUCUUGCAGAAGUUUCCAGAAGAAAUUCCAGGUGUGGCGUAAACAUGAGCAUGUGCUACCGGGAUAGUGCGUUUUCCCCUUAGCUUUAACGGCUGCAGGCUCUCUGAAACGGCUGUCGAUGAGUUUCCGCUUCGAAAUAACAAAAGAAAGUCAGUUUCCUCUUUUUCCUUUAAACAAAAUAAAGUGGUUUCCAUCCAGCCUUAAAACAUUAAACUGACUGAUUUCUUAAGUUCCUUUAAUGGAACUGGCUGAAACUCUGUGACUCGGUCCAGUUUAUCAAAGAAAUUUGUUUGAGAUCAACAUGCGGAAGAUUUUGCACUUUGCUAGGAGGAGAGGCGGGUCCGUCUACCGGAGACUGAAGGUUCUGGACUCUGCUUUAACACACUUGAAGUUCCUCUGUGUGACUGCUGUACUAAUGAUAUAAAAUGUAAUCCACUUGUAUAAUAGUAUAUAUUGUAGUAUAUUUGGACGUGUACAGAAACAGAUUGUUCAUUUCCUGAAGUUUGACAUCGCUGUUUGCAUGAGAGGACUUUUCUGCCACAAUAAAAUCACUUCCUUCACCUGU